CAGACAGGAAAUGUGAUAUUUCUCCAUCAUGUUGCUCAUCACUUGGAGGUGCGAUGCAGCAAUGCUCAUUGCAAGCGUUUUAUUUAGCCUCGCUGCCGCUACUGCUUGGGCUUCCGACCCAAAGUCCAGCGCCAACACCGCGGUCGCGGACUCGCAUGACGAUAAUUGUUCGGCGAGACGGAUUUGGUUCUCGACUGGAGAUCGAAGGGGCAAAACAAUCUGCCCUGGCAUGAUUGUUAAGGAUGAAGAGCGGAUCAUGGACGUGCUGAAGACCUUGGCGCAAUGUGAUAUCAUUCACGGCAACCUCGUGAUUGCGUUCUUCGGAUAUAAUGAAGCGGAGAACUGGACGCAGUUUUCCCUUCCCCGGCUGCGGGAAGUAACGGGAUUUGUGUUCAUCUACUCAGUAGUUAGGCUUCCGUCCCUGUCGACACUUUUACCCUCCCUCGCCUUCAUCCGAGGACGACAGCUGCUAGGGGACCACUCGCUCGUCAUCGCAUAUACAGGACUCCAGAGCGUAGAUCUGUGGAGCCUACAAAGUCUGGGUCGCGGUUCAGUGUACGUGUCUGGCAACGGCAAUUUGUCCUCGAUGGACGGGCUGGACACAGCGUCCCUGCACCAGCUUGAUCCUGCUGCCGCUACCCGCGACUGGAUCCAGGCUUAACCAACCUAACAUCGUCG